AUGGAGACUCGCAAGAGGAAGCUUGGCGAUGACCAUCCUCGCACGCUAUCGAGUAUGGCCAGGCUAGCGGCGACGUACAGCAACCAGGGCCGGUGGGAGGAGGCCGAGAAGCUCGAGGUGCAAGUGAUGGAGAUUCGCAAGACGAAGCUCGGCGAGGACCAUCCCGACACGCUGUCGAGUAUGGCCCACCUGGCGGCGACGUAUAGUGACCGGGGCCGGUGGGAGGAAGCCGAGAAGCUUGAGGUGCAAGUGAUGGAGACUCGCAAGAGGAAGCUCGGCGAUGACCAUCCUCGCACGCUAUCGAGUAUGACCAGGCUAGCGGCGUACAGCAACCAGGGCCGGCGAAAGGAGGCCGAGCAGCUCGAGGUGCAAAUGAUGAAGACUCGCAAGACGAAGCUCGGCGAGAGCCAUCCUGACACGCUGACCAACCAUUAUGGCUAA